AUGUUGUACAAAAGGAGGAACAAGAGCGCUUCAUCAUCCACAGGGCUAUUGCGCACGUCAAUAUCACUGCUACUAGGCAGCUCUCUUGUGAACGCCGGGCUGCCUCAGCUCAAUUUAGAUGAUGACAACUCUAUAAAGUCUGUCGCAAGCAGGGUAGCUUAUGACAUGAUGACCUACUAUACAGGAAAUCGGACUGGCGAUGUUCCUGGCAACUUGCCGCAGCCCUACUACUGGUGGGAAGCCGGGGCUAUGAUGGGCACCCUUAUCGAUUAUUACUACUAUACUGGUGAUGGGUCGUAUAAUGAUCUGGUCGUACAGGGCAUGCUGCAUCAAAUGGGGCCGAAUAAAGACUUCAUGACGCCCAAUCAGACCAAGACAACCGGAAAUGAUGACCAAGGCUUUUGGGGCAUGGCUGCCAUGUCAGCGGCGGAGCAAAAGUUUCCCGAUCCCCCAGGGACUGACAAUCCAGGAUGGCUAGAGUUGGCACAGGCGGUCUUCAAUACACAAGCAUAUCGAUGGGAUGAACAAUACUGCGGUGGAGGAUUGCGCUGGCAAGUCUUUACCUUCAACAAUGGCUACGACUACAAGAACACUAUUUCGAAUGGAUGUUUCUUCAACAUUGCUUCACGAUUAGCAGUAUACACAAAUAAUCAGACUUACGCGGAUUGGGCAAAUAAAGUCUAUGACUGGACAGCAGCCUCUGGCUUUAUGACCCCCGAUUAUCACUUCUACGAUGGAGCGCACACUACCUUGAACUGCUCAGACAUCAAUAAAGUGCAAUGGUCAUACAACGUUGGUGUUUACCUCUUGGGUGCGGCAAACAUGUACAACUACACGAAUGGAAAUGAUACCUGGAAAUCGCGUGUUCUCGGCAUGCUCAAUGGCACAAAUCUAUUCUUCUAUCCUCCGGACAACACGGUCAUGUAUGAAGUGGCAUGCGAAGGUCAUGGGACAUGCAAUACAGACAACUACUCUUUCAAAGCCUACCUUUCACGUUGGUUGGCUGCUUCGACGAAAUAUGCGCCAUUCAUGCGCGAUCUCGUUAUGCCAAAAUUGCGGGCGUCUGCGCAAGCUGCUGUCUCGCAGUGUACCGGUGGUGACUCUGGGACCAAAUGUGGAAUGAUAUGGACAGGCAAUGGAAAAUAUGAUGGAAGCCAAGGGGUCGGCCAACAGAUGGGAGUACUCGAGAUUGUACAAGGUAAUCUAAUUGACGGUUCUGCAGACCCAGCCACGAAUAAGAGCGGAGGUACGAGCAAGGGCAACCCAGGCGCUGGUGGAGAUGGAAGUGGAGGGAACAAUCCUAUACUUGCGCAAGAUACUAUCAAAACGAGCGAUCGUGCUGGAGCAGGCAUCUUAACGACAAUAGUCCUGCUGUGGGUCAUUGGGGGCUUGUGGUGGAUGAUGAUAUGA